UUUGCUUGUAUUUGCCGUCAGAUCUCGAUAGAGAGAGCUGUUGCUAUACUUACUAUUAUGAAAUUGUUACACUAAAUUACUGCAAUGUCUACUAAGUUUCGAAUGCGGAAAGUGUUAUUCCGCUGAUACAGUCCUUAAUUUCUACAUAGACAUCUUGAACCACAAAUAAAAAAGGUCAUAUAGAAAUAAAAAUGGUCUCCUUUAAAGCUCUUAUUACUGGCUCUUUUGUGCUUUUGGUCCUUUGCGAAUGUGUCUUAACAUCUGAAGAAAAACCGAGGAAGUAUAAAAAAUUUAAGAAUAAAGCAGAAAACUUGUCAAAAAAGAACGCGGAAGAAAUUUUAGAAAAAGCUUUGGGUAAGGAAGAAGGGCCAUCACAGGUUCAAAUACAAAACUUAGAAGUUGUCGAAAAUUCAAAAAAACUUGAAGACCCUUGCCGUAAGAAACACUGUGGAGCUGGACGUGUGUGCAAACUAACUGAAGAUGGAGAAGCACAAUGCGUUUGUAUUACAGACUGUCCUACUGAAACAGAUAUAAGAAGAAAAGUAUGUUCAAAUCACAAUCAAACUUGGGGUUCAGACUGCGAAGUUCACAGGAUGAGAUGUUAUUGUGAAGAGAAGUCAGAAAAGUGCAAAAAUCCAGAGUUCAGUCACUUGCACGUAGAAUAUUAUGGUACAUGUAAACAAUUACCCGAGUGUUUGGAUUCUGAAUUGGCAGAUUUUCCAAGGAGGAUGAGAGAAUGGCUGUUUAACAUAAUGCAAGAUUUAGCCGAUAGGGAAGAGUUGAGUUCUCACUUUACCAAAUUGGCAAAAGAAGCAGAAACUAAUAUGACAAAACGUUGGGCAAAUGCUGCAGUAUGGAAAUGGUGUGAUUUAGAUGACUAUCCACAUGACAAAGCUAUAUCGAGACAUGAGUUGUUCCCAAUUAGAGCACCACUAAUGUACUUGGAACACUGUAUUGCUCCAUUUUUAAACAAAUGUGAUUCUGAUGAUGAUCACAUGAUUACUCUUGAUGAAUGGGCAAAAUGCUUGGACAUACCAAAAGAAUCAAUUGAAGCCGAGUGUGAUGAUCUUCGAGACGAUCUUAGUAUUUGAAUACUGACUAUGCCAUGCGUCUAGUUACUGGUUUAAAUAAAAUUAUGAAAUUUAUUUAUUUUUCAUUAAUUAUAAAGUUAAACAAAUAAUAUCUUUCACAGUAUAAGUUUUAUUAUUUUAUUUUCAGUUUACUUAUAACUAAUUAUAUUUUAAUAUAUUAUUAUUUGCACCUACCUAAA